AUGUUUACUUCAAAUGAAUGGAAGGAUAGCAAAUGGAGCAAGGAGCAACAAGGAACGCGAGUAGUUCAAACUAUUUUGUUGGCUAGUUUUUGGACUACAAUUGUGUUUGCUCUUAAAGUAUCCUGCCCUCUAGUCCGAGUUCUUAGAUUGAUUGAUGGCAAAAAGAAGCCACCUAUGGGAUAUAUUUAUGAGGCCAUGGAUAGAGCUAAAGAAGCUAUUGCUAAGUCGUUCAAUAAUAAUGAAGAAAAAUACAAGGACAUUUUCAUCAUAAUUGAUAGAAGAUGGAAGCUUCAGUUGCAUCGUCCUCUACAUGCAGUGGGGUAUUAUUUAAACUCGUCAUUCUUUUAUUUGAAUUCUAACAUUCAAGAGGAUGAUGAAAUAGUUUAUGGGCUAUACUCAUGUAUAACAAAAAUGGUUGCUUCAUUAGACAUCCAAGACAAAAUACUUGCAGAACUAAGCAAGUAUAAGAGAGCUGAAGCAUUGUUUGGACAACCUUUAGCAAUCAGACAAAGGGACAAAAUAUCUCCAUUGCUUCUGGAAGAGAACCUUCAUAGCAAGAAACGAAAUAGGCUUGCUCAAAGUCGUUUGAAUGAUUUAGUGUUCAUCAAAUACAAUAGAGCAUUAAAACGUCGAUACAACCUUCGAGAUAUCUUCGACCCAAUCUCUUUAAGAGAUAUUGAUGAUAGUAACGAAUGGUUGAUUGGAGGAUUGGAUGAUGAUUCUGAGGAGGAGGAUGAGCUGGUAUUUGACGAUGAUACUUUAACGUGGGGUGAUGUUUCAAGAGCUACCUGA